AUGCGUCUCUCCGAAUCGGUCUUCUUCAGCCUCGUCGGCAUUAUCUUCGGCGCUACUUUCAUUGGCUUCGGAAUCAACUCCUUCGUCCGCCCUGACCAUGCUCUGAGCUUCUUCCACUUUGAGGACUUACGCGUCCCCGGCGACCAACAACUGGUCGACUACCUCAUGAUCGUCUACGGUGCUCGGGAUAUCUUCAUGGGCAUUAUGCUAUGGAUCACAUUGUAUUUCGGAUCUCGAAAGGCCUUGGGAGGGACAAUGAUUGCGUGUGGUGCGAUUGCUAUCGUCGAUGGGAUGGUGUGCAAGAUGCAUGGGUUCGGGGAGUGGGACCACUGGGGGUAUUCGCCUAUGCUGGUGAUUACUGGAUUGGUGGUGAUGGGUCUUCUGGACUGGUAA